AUGUGGUAAGAAAAACUUCUUAUUGUGUAUUAUAUUCGUAACACAUGUGUGUUAUUUUUAUCUACUUGCUAAUACCACACAUGGUAUAGAUUUAAACUACUAAAUGGUGUUUAUAUUAUGCGGGAAAGGAAUAACAACAGCAUGAUCAGAUAACAUCGCACGUUCGAUUAUUUGACAGUCUCAAAAAAUAACGAACUUUGCAGAAGAGUUUUGUUGACGUUGUUGUACAAUACCUGCAGAAAGCUUCGCAACUGAUCCUUUCCUAAAAUACUGCCAAGGAAAGAUGAGCACGCAAAGGAGAUCAAGGGCAAAGUCCCGAAACACGACCCUGUCUGCAAUAGUCGCCAACGAUAAAUCUCUGGCGAUAGUGGAAGAAACGAUUGUACCAAUAGCGGAAAGUAGCAGAGUGUCCACCAGACCACUUUCUUCACACAGCGUUGUCCACAACGAUAACGAUUGCACUACCGUCGAGAAAGUACCAUUUAAGCCAGGCAAAUGGCGCAAAUCAAUGUCCAUGUUAAGAUCCUCGAUCUGUCGCCUUGACGGUUCCUGUUCCAUCGCAGGAGAACGUCGAAUAACCCUAUACACGAGCGAUCACCAUGUGUCGCAAGCAACAAACGCAACGAUGCAGCGCGAUACAGUACGAUCUUCCAUCAGCAAACAACCGGAUGAUGACAACGAUGUGCCAGUACAUCAGUUCGUUGCGCCACUGGUAUGGAGAACGGUGGCCGAACAGCGCUAUCUAUGCCCGAAAAGUCCCAGAAAUGAAAUCCUAGCACGCUGUGGACAACAAGGACCGAUCAGUUUCGAACGAGCACUUGCUAGUUUGGAAGCGGUGGUAGAUCGUAAGAUUGGCGAGGGCGUAUACGGUGAAGUGUUCCUGUGCACGAAAGCCACUGGACUGCAGUCAGUUCUAAAGCUAAUUCCCAUUGAAGGAAACCUUCUGAUCAAUGACACAAAGCAAAAAACGUACGAGCAAAUUCUGUCUGAAGUAAUCAUAUCGGCCGAGCUGAGUAACUUAAGGCAGCAUAAUGUGCAGUUUUCUACAGAUGGUUUCGUAGAGCUGCUAAGUGUCCAUUGCCUUGUGGGACGAUAUCCGCAACGACUUAUUGACCUGUGGGAGGAAUACGACAAUAAACACGGUACGGAAAACGACAGUCCGAAAGAAUUUCCCGCCGAGCAGCUUUACAUUGCCUUCGAAACAGCAUUUGGUGGCACCGAUCUGGAUGGAUAUCGGUUCCGGAAUGCACAGCAAGCCUUCUCAAUCUACACCCAGAUUGUGCUGAUGCUAGCAGUGGCAGAAAAACGGUACGAUUUCGAGCACCGAGACUUGCACACAGGCAAUAUAUUGAUCGAACCGACAAAGGAACCGGAACGGACGUACUAUCUACUGGGCGAAGAAAUUGUAAUACAAACCCAUGGUCUGAAGGCAACCAUUAUCGAUUACACACUGUCCUACAUCGUUUAUAAUGGGCUAUGUCUGUUCAACGAUCUGACCACCGACGAGGAACUGUUUACCGCGGAAGGUGACUAUCAGUUUGAGGUAUACCGCAACAUGAAGUUAGCGUUGAAGAAUGAGUGGAAUUUACAUGCGCCCAAAACGAAUGUUUACUGGUUGCAUUAUUUGUUGGACAAAUUGAUAUCGGUGCGAAACUAUCGCGACAAAACAAGCAAACCGCACAAAGCUGCAAUGAAAACGAUGAAGGAACUGAUGGAUGUACUGCUUCGGUUCAAUAGUGUGUAUGAAAUUGUAUCACACUAUUUCGUGCCUCAGUUGAACGAAAGCGAUAAGGAAAAUUAAACAUCUCGCGACAGGAUACGCAUUUACAUCGAUUAGUAAUAUUCUAAUGUUUUAUAACUCUAUUUGUACCGCACAAUAAACAUGCAUUAGCAAUGAUAAUUUA